AUGGCCCGCCAGACGGAUUGGGGGGAAAGCAGAAGGCGAUUGGCCGCAACGCUCACGGUGCUGCUUCUGCUUGGUGGGAGCUCGGUUCUAGUGGGGACGCCAACGGUGGAGGGCAAAGGCGUGAAGGUCACUGUAACGGCGCCAUGGACAGAGACACCGCUGCUGCAGGAAGGAUGUGAGAUGGUGGCGGCACGCGGUGCUCUCCUUGGCGGUUUCUACCACUGUCUGCAGGAAGCGUGGCAUCGCGUUCAAGCCGUGAACAGCACCGGUGGGGCCCAAAGUCUGACGCAAAAAGCCCAAUACGAUGUCCUGCUGGAAAUGAUGGCGAAGGCCAAUUGGCCUCCCGUUCAGAUGGAAUUGGCAAAAAUGAAGCUUGCCGCCCGGUUUUACUCUCCUGCCGUUCAGGCGCACUGGCAGCUGGCGCGGACGGCGAGGGAACUUGCUGGUGGAUGUUCCACGGAAGGCGGGCGCCCCUUCGUGCUCGUUGCGGGAAAAGUUGUGUGCAGCGAAUAUUUUCUUGAGGAAAUAUUGUCGGGUCCUGCUUCUGCGGAUGAAGCACACGAAGGCAAAGAGGAAGAGGCGUUCUCGCUGUUUGCCGGGCUCGACCAUGUUCAUCCUGGGUCAGCGGGAGGCCGCGUUGUCAUCCUGUACGGCAUUGUCGGGGAAGAGCAGACGAUGCGGCUCUUUCAGGUCGCGGAGCGUCACUUACGCACGCUUCGCCUGGCCUUUCGGCACCUGCCCGUGGUGGGACGGAUGUGGGAGAACGCCCUCCACGUGCAGGGCUACGGCGUGACAGUCGACCUGAAGAACGUGGAGUACAAGGUCAUCAAUGAAAAGAAUACCGACGGAACUCAGACGGAUGCCGGCGUUGCGGAAGCCACAAAAGGACCCGAAAGCCUUGGGGCUGUUGGCGGGUUCAAUCUGGACAUGCUGGCGCAACGAUAUCCGCAGCUCAGGCCUCAGCUGACCACGUUUGCGGGCCAUCUCGCCGACGCGAUAGACCGCGAUGAGGUUCGGGUGGACUUUCAGGUGUGGGAAACCCAGUACAUGGGCAUUGCCGCCGCGCAGCGGGUGAUGGACGCGGAGAAUGAGAAGCGGCUGGGGGUGUUGAUGAAUAUACUGACAAAUUUUCCCCUUCACGCCUCCAAGCUUUCCAAAAUGGGCGCUUCGGUGAACAAUAAUAUGAGCAAAGUUAUGCACAAGGAACUGUUAGACUUUGCGGGCGUGCUGCGCCCAGGCGCACCGCAGGUUUUCCUCAAUGGUCGUCAUGUCUCAAACGCGGAUCUCAAUCUCUUUUCGCUGCUUGAAAAGCUGGAGGCAGACGAGGAACUGUUCCAAGGCCUGCGACGGGUCCUCACCAGUUACCGCGUUCCUACCGCCAACGACGAUGGGUUUGCCUUGGUCCACAAGGAUGUGUUAAAUCAGGCGAUGAAGUCGGUCACUGAAAGCGCACGGCGGCGCCUCGCAUCCCAUGGGUUGGAGAAGGGUGACUCGACGCCGCGUGUGUGGAUGCCCCAGCGGGGAAUCUUUUGGCUCAACAACCUUGAAGCGGACGUCCGAUUUGCUUACAUGCCCUCAGCCCUCCGCGCCAUCCUUACCACACGGCCCAACGGUGUCCCCGUGAUCCCGCGGAAAAAUCUCGUUCAUGCCGUUUCUGUCGUGGACCCCACAACGCUAGAGGGCGUGCAGGACAUUGGCGUCAUCUUGAAACUAGAUCAAUCCAACCAACCUAUUCGGUUUGGAAUUGUCUUUGCGGAUCGGGAGUGGUCGCCGGAAAUUUCAGUCUCCACAGAAGUGGAUGAUAUUCGCUUGAAGCCGUCGCUUUCAAGCGUCACCGCAAUUAUUACCGCCACUGUGUGGGAACUCCUGAACGGGGAAGAGCGUCUGCAGGAGGUACUGGAGUUCCUUUCAGAGGUGGUGUAUACCUUGGAAGCGCUUGGUGGCCUCAGCGAGGAUGGCGUGGUGGGCUUCUCGGCGAAUGUUCUCACUCUGUCAGGGAAACGCGACGUGAGGGAGGUGCUUGCGGACCCACUUUUUGUGGAAUAUUAUCAAACGACACAGGCAAAGCUGCGUCAGCUAAUGCUCGGCAAGUUCCCCCUCACCCUCAUUAAUGGAAAUGUUUUUCAGGAAAACGUGUUGCAAGCCCUUCGUCAGGGGUUCAUGAUAGAAUUAAUGCACGUUCGUGGGCUGGUGGUAAGAGGCGAUUUGACCGACGAUGACAAAGUCGAUUUCUACGAAUCCAUUCUUCGUUUGAGCGGGGCCCGGGAGCGCUACAACGCCGCCCUUUACAAAGACGAGGCAUACAUGGACUGGACACCAAAGCCCAUCCUGGACUUUCUGCAUCACCGACCUUUUCUGCACCCCACGAAGAGGACAGAGGGGACACCGCUGGUGACUAGUGUCUUGGCCAUCCAGUCUCCCAUGGGAGCCACCGCCCUUGGCGCCCUUCUGAAGGCCACCGGGAACCUCUUGCAGUGUGUGAAUGCAACGGAGAAAUGCAUUCAUGUCCGCCUCACGUAUGCCAUUUGCGGGGCGGCGACGGAGGUCAACUACCACACACUUGCUGGAGAUUUGGAGCGACUGCUGCUGAGGCGCAAGGAAGGGGAAGACGGAAACCAGCAACGACUUCAAUUGGUGCAUGAGUUUCUGCUAAAAAUUGCCGCACAAAACAAAACAAGAGAGCUGGAUGACCCCAAGGUGUAUGAGAGUUGGUUUGCUAGCAUGAAGUUCUCCCCUGAGCUCCAAAGCCUCCUAGACGCCUCGGAUGCGGGUUUGGAUGCCCAGUUGCAAACGCAGCGUGGGCUCUUGCGUGGCUUUUGUGCGCAGGUGGGGGCGGAGUCCUCGUUUGCGGAGUUGUCAUUGGCAGAUGCGGCGGCGGCGAGGGAAAGGCAAAAGAACGAGGGGUCAGUGUACUACUACGUCAAUGGACGCCGCUUAGUGUAUAACGACGACCUUUCAGCGGAGGAUUUAAAGGAUGCGGACCAACAGGAGCUUUCCCUGGCGGAGGCUGUGUCAGAGGCACUCAGUGAAGUGAGCUUCACUAGGCUAAGCGAUGAGCUGCAGCAAGGUGAGCUUGACAGCCGCUUCUAUGCCUCUAAAGUGGCUGCGCUUACGGAACUGUGGAGGCGCGACGCCGCUCGUGGUUCCCCGAUGGAGGAGGAACGCCACUUGCCCUCCACGUCCGGCCUGGCCUCGUUUGUUGUGCAGCCCGUGAACGCUGGCGCAGAGCCACACCACACGUUGACGAUGGUUGUUGAUCCCGUGGCGCGGCACUCCCAGCUCCUGGUCUCACUGUGCGAUUACGUCACACGGCUGCCGCUUGGCGUCUCCUGCAUCGUACACAUGGGCACACCACAACAGUUGGCUAAACCCAUGCGGAAUUUUUACCUGUUUGUUAGUGAGCUGGAGAUGCGAUUUGACGCGGUGGGAGGAGUACUGCCGCCGGCUGCGGUGUUUCACCGGCUGCCGUCGCGGCAUCUGUUGACGCUUGGCAUCGAGGAGCCGGAGAGCUGGACGGUGUUCCCGCUGGACGCCAAGUACGACCUGGACAACCUUAUCCUUGACCAGCUGCCCUCCUCCUCGCAGUACGCGCAUGCCACCUACGGCAUCAACUCGAUUCUCCUCACCGGGAGUGCAAGGGAGGCCGGACGACCGGUUCCCGCAAGCGGCUUGCCCCUGAUGAUACGCUCCACAAGGACGAACCCCGCCGCUGCUCUCACCCGCGACACCAUUGUCAUGGCCAUUCUGGGCUACUUCCAGCUGCAGAGCAGCCCCGGUGUGUGGUAUCUCACGGUGCAGCCGGGCGGCUUCGCGGAGACCUUCUACAUAUCUCAGGUCAACCACAUCCCCCUCAAUGACGCAGGAAACAAAAAACGCAUCUCUGGGUUUAAUUACACGGCAGGGCAGAACAUUCCCGUCGUGAUUUCCUCAUUCAUUGGAAAAGCAUUGACGCUUGAUAUAUCCAAAACGCCAGGCCGCGAGAGAAUGACGAUGAGCGAUAUUGAAGCGGCGUAUCCUGAGCGCGCCGACUGGCCACCGGCCGGUCCACGCACGACGAAGCCGAGGUCCCCAACGCUUAACAUCUUCUCUGUGGCCUCUGGGCACCUUUAUGAACGCUUCUUGCGCAUGAUGAUCCAUAGCGUUAUGCGGACCUCCUCCGAUGUGCAUGGUGCGAAUACAACUCGGAUUAAGUUCUGGCUUAUUGAAAAUUUUCUCUCGCCUCAAUUCAAGGCGCUUAUCCCCUUGUUGGCGAGUCACUAUGGCUUUGACGUGGCCCUCGUGACGUAUCGCUGGCCAUGGUGGCUCCACAAACAGACUGAGAAGCAGCGCACCAUUUGGGCCUACAAGGUUCUCUUUCUUGAUGUCUUGUUCCCACUUGACGUCGAGCGUGUCAUUUUCGUCGACGCCGACCAAACCGUUCAGGCAGAUCUGCACGAACUCUACAACAUGAACAUUGGCGGUGCCCCGACGGCGUAUACACCGUUCUGUAGAAAAUACCCGAACCUGGCCACUAAAAACUUCCGCUUCUGGGAUCAGGGAUUUUGGGCGCAGCACCUGCGUGGGCGGCCGUACCACAUCAGUGCCAUCUACCUCGUUGACCUGCGCCGGCUGCGGGCGAUGGCGGGUGGCGACAAGUACCGCAUGAUGUACAGCCAGCUGAGCCCCGACCCCAACAGCCUGGCGAACCUGGACCAGGACCUUCCCAACUUUAUGCAGGACGAGGUGCCGAUUUACUCCCUCCCCGAGGAGUGGCUCUGGUGCGAGACGUGGUGUGGGGCAGAGAGCAAGGCGCGGGCCAAGACGAUUGACCUCUGCAACAACCCCCUAACAAAGAUGCCGAAACUCGACAACGCCAAGCUCAUCAUCCCGGGCUGGGAGGAGACGGACGCCGAGUUGGAGGCCCUCUCGGACAAACUUCUGAAGAAGCAGCAGCAGCAACAGCAAAGCGAGAAUUGA